UUACAGCACAUCUUUGAGCUGCGGUCCACGGAAACCCAACGGCCAGUCCCAACAGUCAACCGUAAGGAUGAUCAAAGCCUUGUUGUCGGUGCUCUUGGUCGUGAUGGCCGUGGCCUCCUCCCUCGGCAAACCUGACAAAGCCAUCCCGAAGAGAGGCAAGAGGAUCCCCCAGACUCUGUCCAGAGGUUGGGGCGAUCAGCUGAUCUGGGCUCAGACCUACGAGGAGGCUCUCUUCUGGGCCAGGUCAAAGAAUAAGCCUCUGAUGGUAAUCUUUCACCUGGAGGACUGCCCACACAGCGCAGCAAUGAAGAAGGUCGUUUCUGAGGACAAGGAGAUCCAGAGAAUCCUUGAUGAGGACUUUGUCGUCCUCAAUUUGGUGUAUGAAACCACAGACAAACAUCUCUCUCCUGAUGGGCAGUAUGUUCCCAGAAUCAUUUUUGUCGAUCCCUCCAUGACAGUGAGGGCCGACAUCACCGGCCGCUACUCCAACCGCAUGUACGCCUACGAGCCAACAGACGUCAAGCUCUUGCUGGCCAACAUGGAAAAAGCGAAGAAGCUCCUGAAGACCGAGCUGUAGAGCGUCAGGCUGAGACACGUGCUUCACAUGUGACCUCGGCCGUGUCAUGAGAGGCGCUGACGCCGUGCUGUCGCCGCAGUUUACACCUGGAAAACGAAGCACUGGAAAGUCCUUCUCUUCUACUGUUCUCCUCUUUGAACCACCCACCCGCUUCUCCUCCCUUUUAUUGUCCAGAUAAUGUAUUGCUGUACAUCCAGAAUGCCUUUUUAAUAAAUGUUGAUGCUGUUC